UAAUCUGAGCAUGGGGCUUAAGGUUCAGACAUUGUUUUCUCAAAUAUAGAACCAAAUUUUUCUGAUAAUCAUGACCUUAAUGGCAAUGAUUUUAGGAACAUGGAAAUUCACCAAAGCAGCAGAGAUCUGUAAGGCUUAUAGAUGUAGUAACCAGACAAGAGAAGGAGUCUGAGCUGAAUCAACAGCAGAUACAGUAGUACUCAAUCCUUCAACGUGAGGGGAUAAAGAAGAGUGCUUCUUCUCAGGAAAUGAAACUGGACAAUGCGCUCCAAAAAUUGACAGGAACUUUCCAAGUCUAUAUUAUCCUGGCUACAACUGUCGCUAUGAGAAGAAGCCAGGAAUCUGAGCAUUUGGAGGAAAGUACUGAAACAAAUAUGGAAUGUGAGAGGGAGGAUCUCUGGACGAUAUCUGUCAAAGACAUGCAGAUUGCCACUAUGGCUUUUACUGUAACCCUUUUGGGUUCUGUGUCCCUUCUAAGGAAGAAGGAGAAGCUUGCACUCAAAAUGAGGAGUGCAUCAGAGGCUAUGGCUGCUUUAGGAAAUGUAUCAAGUACCUCUCACUCGAAACUGAUGAACAAGUCAUUCCUGAAUUUAACAGGAAGGUGUUUAGUCAGCUUGGUAACGAGAAAAUGUGCGAAAGUGGAUGGUAUAAUAGGACAACUGGCAGAUGAUUUUCUGGAGUCAAGUCUUUGCAAAAAGGGAAGAUUUGAUCAACAGACCUUGACUGCCCAACUACAGUUGAAGAUAUAUUUGCUCAGUGCAAAUGCGGAUUCUCAGUGAAAGGUCAAAAAUAUUGAGAUAUUGAAGGAGAUGAUGAUGAAUGGCAAGAAGUCCUAGAAGCUUUUGGGAAAUAUGCUAAUACGACUAGAGAAAGUUGACAUCCAGCUGAAGGAUUAGGUGAAUGAUUCUUCAACAAUGAUUUUAAGAAAUGGAAAUGCCUUGAGUUGAAAGCUAGACUGUAUGUUUACUUUAUUGAUCAACCAGAUUGCUAUGAUGAUAUCAAAGUUCAGCACCCAAUCUUUGCUGAAUAUCUGCAUUAUUGUAAGGGUUAAUAAAAUUU